AAUUAAAAAAUGUGUUUGAAAGUUGUACUGGAUUGCCCAUUACCCAUUACUAAUGAAUCAUAAAAAAAUUGUUUCAAUUUAACGCAGUUUUAGUGGCUAAUACGCGAAUAAUACGGAGUGAGAUGGGAAGUGAAAUCCCGAAUGUUGGGAAUGAACCAGCGGAACAGUGAAAAACGUAUUUUUUUUUUGAUCGACCAGUGAGCCACUACAGAGGAAGAAAAGUGACUGUCCAUUUCCAACCAAGCAACUGAAGAAGAGUAUGGAGUGCUUGUGUGGUGUCAAAACGGAGUAACAGGAAAAGAAGUGAACGGAACAAAGUGCGAACACAGAGGAAGCAGAAGAAGCAGACUACGGUCCACUAUACAGUGGACUGAGAAGUUGGACACGGAACCCAAGUGCAUAUACAGAGAAAAAAGAAACGGUGCGACGUAAACAUUGCGUGGAAAAUUUGCUUCAUUAGGACUCUUAGUGGUGUGAUUUGGUAACUCGAUAUAUUACUUGCUCGGGAAGCAAUAUUCAAUUGAACAAACUAUUGGCUCCUAAGCCCAGAGCCCAACAGUGCGGUGGUGCGGUAAAUAUCGACAUAAUUGCCGAGAAGUAAAUUUUUGCACCGUUUUUGAACUGAAGACAGAAGCCUAAAUGCAAGCAUGGGCUAACGCGGGAAAAUUUAGCCAAUCCACAGUUUCUUCGACAAUUUUCUAAUUAGAACAAAUUGUUUUCGACAACAUCCCAUCCCCAUAGACAACAGACGCAAUCAUAUCAGGUGGCAAACCGAAGCUUCCGGAAUUGUCACCGGAUUCUGCGAGGCCACAAUCGUUCCACCCGGUAGUGGAGCCGCUGAUCGCGUUCGAGAGAAAAUGGCACCCUUCUUUCUCCGUACGGUCGUCGACACAGCUACUACGGAACGCCAAUCGCCAUCACACCGCGUAACGACGGCAAUCAGUGCAGUUAGCCAAGUGGAUGAAAAUCAUCAGAUGCAAGCAUUUCUUCGCUACCUAGUGGUGGAAGCUUCCCAGGUGGCGGCAGUGAAGUGAAGUGUCGAAGGAAACCGCAUAACCGUUUCCUCUUCUACAGUGCUGUGUGGGCAUAUUUUGUGCUCCGGUUAUUCUAUCACGAUGGGUUCCUGUUGAGUGAUUUUUCUUCAUUUCUCAAUUGAAGCCUGUUUUGCUCCAACACCGUUCGGCUGCUGUCAAUUCGAGUAGUGCAACGCAAAAGCAGUGUCCCAGUUAUCAGUGCAUGAGAAAGAAUAUAUGCAAGCGGAGAAGAAAGAAGCUUACAAAAACCAGUGCGGAAUGUUUAUGAAGCAUGAAUUGAAUAGUCAGAUUUCCUGAAUGUGUAUAGAAGCAAAAUGUGAAGUAAAAUGCAAGUUGAAAUCUCGAUUUGAGAAGUGAAGCAAAAAGCGCCAGCAAAAUAACAAUAACAGCAAAAGUUGGAAGUUGUAAGGGAAUUAGUGAGCUGUUAUAGUGUGCGAAGUAGUCGAGAAGCAAAUGUGAAAAAGAAUACGAGUGAGAGAGCGAGAGCAAAAUUGUAAUAUAAUUGCCAGUGCGGUAUAGGAAGGUGUCUCACCGGAAAAAAGCAGAGAAUAACAGUGCCCAUAGCGUGAACGGGGGGAGCUUUAGUGUGAGUGAGUCAAUGAAUUUAUUUUGAAGGUGAGAUCAAAACAACAGCCACGCAACAUGUCUUUCCUAAACAACCUGAAGAAGGUCUUCCACCUUGGCGGUGGAGAGGCCAAGAAGAAACGCAUCUUCAACAACAUACGGAUGGAUACUGAUCCAAAUGAUUUCUGGGAUAUGAUUGGUGAAUUGGGGGAUGGUGCAUUUGGUAAAGUGUAUAAAGCUCAGAAUAAGGAAACCAAUCAGUAUGCGGCGGCAAAAAUGUGCACUUUAGAGGAUGAGGAGAAUUUGAGUGAUCAUAUGGUGGAAAUCGAUAUUCUUUCGGAGAUUAAACACUCAAACAUCGUUGAGCUGUAUGAGGCGUUUUCGAUCGAUGAUAAGCUAUGGAUGCUGAUAGAAUAUUGUGAUGGUGGUGCCUUAGAUAGCAUUAUGGUUGAACUAGAAAAACCCCUAACCGAGCCACAGGUCGCGUACGUGUGUAAGCAUAUGUGUGCCGGGUUGAACCACUUACACAAGAACAAGGUGAUACAUCGCGAUCUGAAGGCCGGCAACGUGCUGCUAACGAUGGACGGUGGUGUCAAGUUGGCGGAUUUCGGUGUUUCUGCGAAAAACAAGCAUACGAUGCAGAAACAUGACACAUUUAUCGGAACACCGUACUGGAUGGCACCGGAGCUGGUGCUGUGCGAGACGUUUCGGGACAACCCGUACGAUUUCAAGGUGGAUAUCUGGUCGCUGGGCAUCACGUUGAUCGAGUUUGCCCAGAUGGAACCACCCAACAGCGAAAUGUCUCCGAUGAGGGUGCUGCUGAAGAUUCAGAAAAGCGAUCCACCCAAACUGGAUCAACCCUCCAAGUGGUCGAAAAGCUUUAAUGAGUUUCUGGCGAAAGCGUUGGUCAAGGAUCCUCAACAAAGGCCCUCUACGGACGUUCUUAUGGGGCAUCCGUUUAUCGCUAGCAAUCUGGAUUCCAAACCCAUUAAAGAUCUGCUGCUUGAAUAUAAAGCAGAUGUCGUUGAGGAGGAACUGGUGGAUGAGGAAGCGGAGGAACCCCGCAAUUCUGCGCUCCCACUCGACUUGGACGAUGACUCAUCAUCGCUACAGAGUCAAGAAACCUAUAAACUUCCAGAUACUCCCACGUCCCUAUCGAAAUCAUCUAGAGAUUCGAAAGAAUCGACACCCGUUCCUGUCGAAGAUGAUAGCAAAGCGAAACCGGGAGCGGUGGCCGCAGCCGCAUCCACUGUACCAGCACAAUCGCCCCCUGCUGUCAUCAAUGCUUCGGCACCCAGUUCUCAAUCAGCGACAGCGGCAUCAACGCCUGUGGCUAGUGAUAGUAAUAGUAAUGUACAAAGUGAUACCAAGAAAUCACCUACGACGGUUCCUGCUCCAGUAUUACAACCCACCGCACAAUUGCCAACGAAGGAAGGCGAGGGUGAUCCGACUGAAAGUUUAGUCAACACAAGUGGAAACAGUAGCAACAGCAGCAGCGCUGAUGUUGAAAAGAAAGGUGUCAUCAAAAAAGAGAAAGGACCGGCUCCUCCCCCACCGCAAACCCCUUCAUCACCAAGUAGUCGGAGUGCCCCAAGUUCACUCGGAGUUACUUCGUCCUCCCAAAGUACUGUUCCUCCUACACCUCCAGAAACCCCACAAUCACCUGCAGGUAAAGGCGUUGAUCGCCCUGAUACUACAGCGAUUUCAAAGCCACCAGUGGUUCCAUUGGUGCUAGACCGCCAAGCAAGUAGCGACGAUCUAAUAAAAUCGUCUAAGAAGGAACAUGCUCCAUCUCCGCCAAAAUCUUCAGGAAAGAAUAGCAGUUCUUCUUCGCCACAACCAGCCGAAGAGAGUGACGUGGUCGUGACAAGCCCUGCCAGCAAAAGGCUUAUUUCUGACGAUGAAAAAUCAGAUCUAAGGACCAAUUCACCAAAGCCCAAAGAUGAAGAACUUUCAAAUACCAUUGUUGCCAUUCCAAAACCUCCGCUUCCAUUCGACGAUGAGUCACAGGAUCUCUACCACCCUGUUCCGCCACGACUUCUACCGGACGACGAAAUUCGGAUAACAUCGACACCAAACAAACCAACGACCAUCAACAACAACACCUCGACCAUCACCAUCAACAACGACACCGUGCUUGCGGAUACAUCUAACAGUCUUGCCAGUAACGUAAGUCAAAUCACCGUUGUUACAAGCCAUCCGCCAGUGAUAAUAGAUAACUCGGUCAUACCGUCUGGUUCGUCCUCGUCGGCAUCUUCUACCAAAUCCUUCGGUUCGUCACAGCGAAGGUCACGAGUAAUCACGCCAAAAAUAAGCGGCGGUGGCGACGAGGUGGUGAUCGUUUCCAACGAGCUGAACAAAACGCACGUCAACGAAUCGUCCACGGAUGACGAUUUCCAAUCGUUGGAUAGCUUGGAGAACCUUUCGCCGAAGUAUAGGAAACAGCAAUCGCAACCACAGUUGCAACGGUCCGGCAGUGGGCAGAUAGCACGUAAGUUAGACGAAAGUGAGGUGCUGAUCGUUAGUCCGGUCUUCAUUGGCGAGGACCAGCAAGAUCGGCAGCAGGAGCAAGACGAUUUCAUCAAUGAUGAGCUAUAUUUAGGUAAUAUUAAUAAUAAUAAUAGCAACAGUAAAUUGUUGGACACUAGUCAUGUUUCGGUGGUCACCGUAGGCGAGGAAGAGGUCAAAGUUAAGGACUCUUCGCACUUGAUUAACAGUGGCACCGGUCAUUUGCAUCAACAGCAGCAUCUACAGAAUCAUCACCAUGAUUCCAUCAGUGAUUUGUCCAACGUGAGUUGUGGUCCUAGCGAAUCAAGCGAUGAUGUCAAAGUGGUGGACAUGAUGCUGCCUCAUCCUAUGGGUGGUACCACAAGCACCAGUAGUGUGAGCACGGGAAGCACAGUUACCGCUUCCGGUGGAUUCGCCCAGCGGUCUCCUUCGGGUUCAUCGAUUUCAUCGCCGCUGAGAAGUGGUUCUAGUACUAAGUUGAAUGGCGACUUCAACCGAAGCCGAGAAGACGUCAGUAUAAUAGUUAAUAAGCGAAAAGUUGUGGAAAAACAAAGGAUUUCCCCCGACAGUAGUGUCGGUUCGAUGGAUGGUGGUGGUUCGGUACGAUCAGCCAGUACGCCGUUGCAUCACCUUCAGCAGCAUCCGCAACAACCCCAACAGCAGCAGCACCACCACCAGCACACGCCAGGUGGUAAGCAACUGGAUCGUAGCGAUGCCGAGAGCAUAGCAACAACAACUAGUCAUGAUAGCCGCGAACAGUCGGUUGAUGAAGAAGUUCAACUUCGCCGUAAGCCAACACCCACUGAUGUUGAAGAGGACAAGGUGCCGCCAAUCGUCAGCAGUAACAACAAAGCAAAACCCAGCCAACAGCAGCGAAAUUUCAGUAAAGAAGAAAUUCAUCUACAGAACUUGAAGAAGAAAACGCGAAAACGGACCCGGAAGUUUGAGAUUGACGGUGUUCAAGUCACGACCACUACCAGCAAAGUGAUCUACAGUGAUGAGGAUAACAACAAACUGUACGACGACCAUCUGUUCCGGAAGCAGGAAUUGCGAGAGUUGAAAAUGCUCCAGAAAGCAGAGAAGAAGCAGUUCUACGAUUUGCAACAGAAGGAAGCCAUCGCCAAAGAGCAGCAGGAGAAGAAAUUUGAACAGGAACGGAUACAACUGGAGCGGACUUUCGAGGCCGAUAUGGACGUUCUCGCACGGCAGCACCGACAAACGGUGGAAAAAUACGAACAACAACAAGAGACUGAACUUAGGAAUACGUCGAAGAAAAUCCGAGCCGAGCAGGAGCGGGACUUGAAAUUGUUCCGCGACAGCCUCAAACAGGAAAUCAGGCUUCUCAAGCAAGAAGUGGACUUGUUGCCAAAAGAGAAGCGGAAAGACGAGUUCCGGAAGCGUAAAACUGCGAUGGAGCUCGAACACGAAGAGCGGGAAAAAAGUUUCCUGUCCACCUUGUCGGAGAACCACGAGCUUGCAUUGCGCCGAAUCAGUGAAAUUUACCGCGAGAAGCUGUCCGCCGCCGAUAAGGGUUAUUUGCAGCAAAAGCAAACGGCAAUGAGAACCCGAGAGGCCAUGCUUUGGGAGUUGGAAGAGAAGCACAUUCACGACAAACAUCAGCUGGCAAAGCGACACGUGAAAGACAUCUGUUUCAUGCAGCGACACCAAAUGAUCAUUCGGCACGAAAAGGAGUUGGAUCAGAUCAAGAGGAUGAUUUCUCGAAAAGAAGAAGAACUGCUGAAGCGCCAAACUAUUGAGAGGCGAGCCUUGCCAAAACGAAUACGUGCCGAGCGGAAAGCUCGCGAUAUGAUGUUCCGUGAGUCGUUGCGAAUUUCGAUGACCACAGAUCCGGAGCUGGAACGGGAGAAGCUGAAGAAGUUCCAAGAGCAGGAGAAAAAACGCUACAACCAGGAACAGACCCGCUUUGAAACGAAGCACAUGAAGCAGCUGGAAGAGCUGCGAGCUACCUCAGACGGUUCCAUCAGGGAACUGGAACAGUUGCAAAACGAGAAACGCAAACAACUGUUAGAGCAUGAAAGUGCCAAACUGCGCGAGUGCGAUGAAGCCUUGCAGAAGGAACUUCGCGAGUGGAAGUCGCAACUCCUACCGAGAAAACAGCGCCUCGAGGAAACCUUCGCCCAGCAGCAUGAGGAAAUGGAACAGCUGUAUGGCAACAGUGUAGUACCAAUGCCACCACAGUCUCCGCAGGCACACGAUCUGCUGCAGAUUGGCUCAACCCGUAGUAGUAUUUCCUCCUACUCGGAUGGCCUGGGGGCAUGACAGAGGGGGAACGGCGGCUACAGCACCACCAGUGUCAACAGUCGUCUCAAGCGGUGAGGCAAGAAGUGGGCAUAUUGUUCAGUGUUCAAUAGAAAAAAAAAAUGCAUGGAAGAUGAAGUCUAUGCUUCGCUCACAUAUACCUUACAAUAGGCGAUGUAAAAAUGUAUCAGGAAAAUGUGUAGAUAGCCAGAGUUAGAAAUGAGUAUCAGUGAGAUAAGCAAUAUAUGAAAUGUGAAUAAAGCACCCUGUGCAAUUAGGGUCGGUCACUCAAUCGGCCGGAUGCUGGAGCAGGCAGCAAUAAUAAUCAAUGUGUCAAAAUUGAUCAAAUGCAGCUAUACAUAAGUUUCGUUAUUCUAUUGCAAAUAGUUUUGUUUAUUCCUAGUUUUAAUUUCAAAGUAGCGUUUACAAAUCAUACAUUAGGAAUCUACUUAACCAAAACCUAAUUUAUACAUUAUUCAAAUCACAUAGCAACAAUAUUUUAGCUGAGCUACUUCGGAAAAAAAAUCCCAGCAGAACCAAUGUAAUUAAAACUUAGAUCAUUUUGCAAACUAUUUGUGUUUCAAAUAUUUAUUACCCACAUUUAAAUAAAUGCAAUAUCUUCCAAUCAAACCAACAAACGACUGCAAAAGUGUCUCCUAAGGUAACAUUUUUUUAGCAGCAAAUGCAGCACCCAUUUUUUUAGCCUACCGAAUAAUGCAAUUAUUUUCUUUGUAUUUGUACAUAUAUUUUUCUUUGUAGUCCGUUAAAGAGCAUCAAUUUUAAUAAUUAACGUUAUUUUAACAAAAAAAAUUAAACUUGGUUUUUAACUUCGUCCGAUGUCUUGUCGUCCUUACACAAGUUAUUACUUCUUAUUUCCUCUUUCCAUUUCUCCACCCAUGAACUAAAAUGCCAUUUGUUAACAACUCGGUCUCGAUAUAGCAUCAUCCAUCGAUUAAUUUCAAUUGUAUGUACCUAUUCCGUAAUCCCCAACGUGGCUUGGAAGGCGAAUUUCCUUCAAAUGGCAAACCUUCAAUUUAUUUGGUUUCGAUUCAAUAUAAUUCGCGCCGCGCAUCAUUAUCAGUAAUUUAGCUAUUCCUACCACUUUAACUUAAAUUAUACACAAGACACAUUGUUUCUUAUGAAUUUGUAAAUAUUUUUUUUAUUAAUUACAAUAGCAAAAAUCUUUGAUUGUAAAUUUAUUAUCAUUACACAGAAAAACAAGCUUACGAAAAAAGAAAUAACAUCGCAUCCAAUUGAGGUCAUCGCAAUUGGUAUUAUUUACGAGAAACAGACUUGAAGAUAGAUUGAAAGAAGCGGUUCAUUAGAUGAUCAAACUGAUUCAACAUGAUAAUGAUGAAGGUAUAUAGAAAUGAAAAAGUUGAUAAAAAUAUAUAACAGUAUACAUAUACAUAGAUAAUGAAAAAAAAAUAUUUUUAUUCAGUA